AUCAACGGAAAGAUGAAACUCAUCUGAUUCUCACCUUCAUAUUCAAGUUUCUUUCUGUUAGUUCCCAAGUUCUCCUUUGACCUCAAAAGUCAAACCUCAUCUUCUUCCUCCUUAAACGCAUUUUACUUCACAAAAUUAGCACUCUGAUUUACCAUACACUUGUUUGUUCCCACCUUCUCUUUCGCAUCCACAGCUUCCUCAUUGUCUCUCUCUACCUCACCAAUCACCAUUCUUCUUCUUCUUCUUCAUUUUUUUUCUUUUUCCUUUUUGAUCAAUUUCCGUGUUUUUUUUUUCCUUGGAAAAUUGGGCAAUGGGAGACCCAUUUGGUAAACUUUGAACCUUUUGGAGGUUUUUGUACCUGGGCCGGUGGAAAAAAUGGAUUUUGAGAGGAAGAUGGUGAUGUUGGGUUUCGUUUGAAAAUGAAAUUUUGCAGUGACAUGGAAGGUUGGAUUUUGGAUUUAGGUUCAUUGCCUCCAACCUUUGUCAUCGAAUGCCGAUUCCAGCUGCGAUCGGCAUUCGAUUCAUUUUAUGUUCAACCUCAACCUUUCUCCAUUCCGAUCACAAACUAAGUCCCAUCCAAUACGAAAUAAAUAAAUAAUAAUUUUAAAAAAGAAACAACUUGUGUUGGGUUCUGAUUCAGUUACCAGAAUGAAUUCUGGUGCUGUGUUAGCAUUGCCUCCUGUGAGCAAUGUGUUCGACACAAGGGAGUCUCUUGAUUUUGAGGAUGACUUUGUAGAGAAAGAUCCAACCGGCCGGUACCUAAGGUACAAUGAAAUCUUGGGCAAGGGUGCCUUCAAGACCGUUUAUAGGGCCUUUGAUGAAGUUGAUGGAAUUGAAGUUGCUUGGAACCAAGUUAAGAUUGAUGGCCUCUUUCAUUCAGUAGAUGAUCUUGCAAAAUUGUAUUCUGAAGUUCAUCUUUUGAAGUCUUUGAAACAUGAAAAUAUCAUUAAAUUCUAUAAUUCCUGGAUUGAUGAUAGGCAGAAAACUGUUAAUAUGAUUACUGAACUCUUCACUUCCGGAAAUUUAAGGCAAUAUCGUAAGAGGCAUAAAUAUGUUGAAAUGAAAGCUAUAAAAGGUUGGGCCAGGCAGAUUCUUCAAGGCUUGGUAUAUCUUCACGGUCACAAGCCACCUAUUAUUCACAGAGACUUGAAAUGUGACAACAUCUUUGUGAAUGGAAACCAAGGAGAAGUUAAGAUAGGAGACCUUGGCUUAGCAAUUGUCAUGCAACAACCAACUGCUCGAAGUGUUAUUGGGACUCCUGAGUUUAUGGCUCCAGAACUAUAUGAAGAGGAAUACAAUGAGCUUGUCGAUAUCUAUUCUUUUGGGAUGUGCAUACUGGAGAUGGUUACUCUUGAGUAUCCCUAUAGUGAAUGCAAAAAUCCUGCUCAAAUCUUUAAGAAAGUUACCUCGGGCAUCAAACCUGCUUCCCUUAAUAAAGUGAGUGACCCCCAAAUUAGGCAGUUUAUUGAGAAAUGUUUGGUUCCAGCAUCUAAGAGAUUGCCGGCAGAGGAGCUUCUUAAAGACCCAUUUCUACAUGUUGAGAAUCCAAAGGAUCCAGUCCUUUAUCCUUUACAAUCACCUAGCAAAACAUCAAGAGGUAUAAAUUCAUCCAAGUUUAGUUCUCAGUCUACGGACAUGGAUGCUGACUACAAACAGUUUUCUCUGAGUAACUGUUCUGAAAGCAACCAGGGAAGCUCAUUUUGUCCUGUUUUUGAAGUCCAGAGGACAAAUAAGAACAACCAGUUUAGGUUGAAAGGGACUAAAAAUGAUGACAACUCAAUAUCAUUGACCUUGCGUAUUGCUGAUACUUGUGGUCGAGUAAGAAACAUACAUUUUCUCUUUUACCUUGAUACAGAUACUGCAGUCUCUGUGGCCUCGGAGAUGGUUGAACACUUGGAACUGGCAGAUCAUGAUGUAGCUUUCAUAGCUGAGCUUAUUGAUUACUUGAUAUUCAAACUUCUCCCUUGGUGGAAGCCUGCACCUGAUCAUCGCUCGAGUGGAGAAUUAAGUCUUUGUGGUACAAAUGUAGAUAGCCAAAACUCAAUGGCAUGCCCGUGGGGUUCUGUCCUCACCAGUAUUCCCUCUGAAUUGGUUGUUGGUCAAGACGGCUUCUCUGGGUUUAAUACAACUCCCACAGACAAUUUUGUGACAGCAGAUAAGUGCGGCAUUUUCAACUAUGCUGAUAAUGAUACUUUCGAGAGCGAAUAUAAUUCUUCUCCUAGUCUGACUAACAUGGAAGACCAAUGUUCCCAAGGAUCUAGAGCUUCUGAGAUAGUUGUUGAAAAUACUUCCAUGAAAAGUGACAAUUCUCGCGAAUCCAAUGUUGAUGGAAGUUGUAAAAGCUUAAGUAGUUCCAAUUCUGAACUUGAGGUUGGGGCGGAUGAUUUUGAGGACUGUAAAUUGCAUGCAAUAGAUUGCUGCGCUAAGGAAGGCCUUGUGAUGAAUGAAUUCGCAAAGAACUCAGGGUCAGUUUGUGGAGCAUCUACUAAUUUUGGGAGCAUGGCAAGUAGCUAUUCCUCUGUGUCUUCAAUAGACAAGGACAUUGAUCUUGAGCUAAAGUUUGAACUUGAUGUAAUUGAGUCACACUAUCAGCAUUGGAUUGAUGAACUUACUAAAAUGAAGUUGGAGGCAUUGGAAGCCACCAGAAGGAAAUGGAUGGCCAAGAAGAAAUUGGAUGUUCAUUGAUUUUGAGGUUAUUGAUUCACCUCUUUUACCCUUGUCAAAAUUGUUUCAUUGUAAAAUUUGUGAUCGUCAAAGUGAUUUGUAUACUGGAUGUGCCUCCUUUUAGCGGAAGUGAGUGACCUUACUCUCAAACUCUUUUUUUAUGCUUUGGAGAUAAUUCUCGUUUUCUCUUUAGCAUUAUGUAGGAGAAUGUCUUAGAAAAUUUAUAGUUCUAGAAGACACAUUCUG